AGAAAAUAUAAAAUAAAAACCUCCGCAGAGCCCAUUCCCCCCAUUUGUUACAUGACGGUGCACAGCAUCAUCCGAUACACUGGCGGCUAUAUCACCUGUAUAAUCCCUUAACAAACCCUCCUCCCACCCCCCAUUAUUUCUUCACAGCAAACCCUAGAGUCUCUUGUUCCUGCUACUUCGAUAUGUCCGGGGCUUUAAUUCACGCAGCCUCCUUCCUUGUUCGUGAAAGAAUAAAUGGAACCACAAAAGAGAAAAGAACAGUUAAAAUGAUGGCAUGUUCUUACGCACCUCCCAUGAGAAUGAGAACCUUUUCAGGAUUAAGAGGAUCAAACGCUUUAGACAACAUAAUGAAACCCCCCCAAGAUUUCCAUUCAAAGGUAGCUAUAGCAACCUCUGUACGAAAACAAAAAACCUCCAAAAUCGUACCAAAAGCCAUGUUUGAACGCUUCACUGAGAAGGCUAUAAAAGUAAUUAUGCUUGCACAAGAGGAAGCACGUCGUUUAGGCCACAAUUUUGUUGGCACAGAGCAAAUCUUACUAGGCCUAAUCGGUGAAGGAACUGGCAUUGCUGCAAAGGUUUUGAAGUCAUUGGGAAUCAAUUUGAAGGAUUCACGUAUGGAAGUUGAGAAAAUUAUUGGUAGGGGUAGUGGAUUUGUUGCUGUUGAGAUUCCAUUCACCCCUCGAGCUAAACGUGUUUUGGAACUCUCAUUGGAGGAAGCUCGCAAUCUUGGUCACAACUAUAUUGGAUCAGAGCACUUGCUACUUGGUUUGCUACGUGAAGGAGAAGGUGUUGCAGCUCGUGUUCUUGAGAAUUUAGGAGCGGACCCCACUAACAUUCGCACUCAGGUGAUUCGAAUGAUUGGGGAGAGUGCAGAAGCUGUGGGAGCUGGAGUUGGAGGUGGAGGAGCUUCAGGGAGCAAGAUGCCAACACUUGAGGAAUAUGGGACAAACUUGACAAAGUUAGCAGAGGAGGGUAAGUUGGAUCCGGUUGUUGGAAGGCAAUCACAAAUUGAAAGAGUGACACAGAUUUUAGGGCGUAGAACAAAGAAUAAUCCAUGCCUCAUUGGAGAACCUGGUGUAGGAAAGACAGCCAUUGCAGAAGGUCUUGCCCAAAGAAUUGCAAAUGGUGAUGUCCCUGAAACCAUUGAGGGGAAGAAGGUAAUAACCCUAGAUAUGGGUCUUCUUGUUGCUGGCACAAAAUACCGAGGGGAAUUUGAAGAAAGAUUGAAGAAAUUAAUGGAAGAAAUCAAACAAAGUGAUGACAUAAUUCUGUUCAUUGAUGAGGUUCACACUCUAAUUGGGGCAGGAGCAGCAGAAGGAGCCAUUGAUGCUGCUAACAUAUUGAAACCAGCUCUUGCAAGAGGUGAAUUACAGUGUAUUGGGGCUACAACACUGGAUGAAUACCGAAAACAUAUUGAAAAAGAUCCAGCAUUGGAAAGACGUUUCCAACCAGUUAAGGUUCCGGAACCUUCCGUUGAGGAAACAAUUCAGAUUCUGAAAGGAUUAAGAGAAAGAUAUGAAAUUCAUCACAAGCUUCGUUAUACAGACGAGGCUGUAGUUGCUGCUGCUGAGUUGGCACACCAAUACAUAAGUGAUCGGUUUCUUCCUGAUAAAGCAAUUGAUUUGAUCGAUGAAGCUGGAUCUCGCGUGCGACUUCGCCAUGCACAGCUACCUGAGGAAGCCAGAGAGCUUGAGAAAGAGGUUAGACAAAUUACAAAGGAGAAAAACGAAGCUGUUCGAGGCCAAGACUUUGAAAAGGCAGGGGAGCUAAGAGAUAGAGAAAUGGAUCUAAAAACACAAAUAUCGGCUCUAAUCGACAAAAACAAAGAAAUGAACAAAGCGGAGAGCGAAGCUGGCGAAGCGGGGCCCACAGUAACAGAAGCGGACAUCCAGCACAUCGUAUCCACAUGGACCGGCAUCCCAGUGGAAAAAGUCUCGAGUGACGAAUCCGACCGCCUCCUAAAAAUGGAAGACACACUCCACAACCGCAUCAUCGGUCAAGACGAAGCCGUGAAAGCCAUAAGCCGAGCCAUCCGCCGGGCCCGCGUGGGUCUCAAAAACCCCAAUCGUCCAAUCGCGAGUUUCAUCUUCUCGGGGCCCACGGGUGUUGGGAAAUCCGAACUCGCAAAAUCCCUAGCCACAUACUAUUUCGGCUCGGAAGAAGCCAUGAUUCGGCUCGAUAUGAGUGAGUUCAUGGAACGACACACGGUCUCAAAGCUCAUCGGCUCACCGCCCGGGUACGUCGGUUACACGGAAGGCGGGCAGCUGACCGAAGCGGUCCGCCGCCGCCCGUACACCGUCGUCCUUUUUGAUGAAAUCGAAAAGGCGCAUCCGGAUGUUUUCAAUAUGAUGCUUCAAAUUCUUGAAGAUGGAAGGUUGACCGAUAGUAAAGGGCGAACGGUUGACUUCAAGAACACGCUUUUGAUCAUGACUUCGAAUGUUGGAAGUAAUGUGAUUGAAAAAGGUGGACGGAGGAUCGGAUUUGAUCUUGAUUAUGAUGAGAAAGAUAGUAGUUAUAAUCGGAUUAAGAGUUUGGUUACGGAAGAAUUGAAACAGUAUUUUAGGCCUGAGUUUUUGAAUAGAUUGGAUGAAAUGAUAGUUUUUAGACAGUUGACGAAAUUGGAAGUGAAGGAGAUUGCGGAUAUAAUGUUGAAGGAGGUGUUUGAGAGGGCGAUAAUGAGACUUUUGGAGGAUAGUAUGGCGGAAAAGAUGCUUGCACGUGAGAUUAAGGAGGGCGAUUCCGUCAUUGUUGAUGUUGAUUUGGAUGGUAAUGUGACGGUUCUUGGCGGCAGCGGUGGUGCUCAACCGGAGAUCUUACCGGAGCCGAUUGCUUUGUAG